UUUUUUUGGCCCUGGUGAGGGUGUCAGAUUGAAUGCUCUGUGCGCAUGUGCGAAGGUGUCCAAACUGACAAUGCUGGGGAGAUGAAGAUAGUGUGUAGCUGCUUCUGGGCUCAAGGAGGAGGAGAGGAAUCCACACGCCGACACGAUGAGAUCCAAGGCGAGGGCGAGAAAACUGCCCAAAAGUGACAGCGAGAUUGUAAAUAAUAUGUACGAGACCGACCCCGAUCUCCUUGCGGGCGAAAGCGCAGAGGAGGAAACAGAGGACAGUAUAAUGUCCCCCAUUCCCGUGGGACCUCCGUCACCCUUUCCCACCAGUGAGGACUUCACUCCCAAGGAGGGCUCACCUUAUGAAGCUCCCGUCUACAUUCCUGAUGACAUUCCAAUCCCACCAGAUUUUGAACUCAGAGAAUCUUCGAUCCCAGGGGCAGGGCUAGGGAUUUGGGCCAAAAAGAAGAUUGAAGUUGGGGAAAGAUUUGGACCCUAUAUGACAGGACAGAGGAGCACAUUAAAGGAAACAAACUUUGGAUGGGAGCAAAUACUGACUGAUCCUGAGGUGACCUCCCAAGAGGGCAAUAUAAAAAAGAUUGCUGACGACCUGGGCAAUGAGAAGUUCUGUGUGGAUGCUGGCCAGGCUGGGGCUGGCAGCUGGCUGAAGUACAUCCGUGUGUCCUGUUCCUGUGAUGAGCAGAACCUGGCUCUGUGCCACGUCAACGAGCAGAUCUAUUAUAAAGUUAUUAAAGAAAUUGAGCCAGGAGAAGAGCUCUUGGUGUGUUUGAAGGAAGGUGGUUAUUCCCUUGGGAACAUGGCGCCCAGCAUGGAAGAGGAGCCCUCGUUCCGCUGUGAGGACUGUGAUGAGCUCUUCCAGUCCAAGCUCGACCUGCGGCGGCACAAGAAGUUCGGCUGCAGCGCCGUCAGCUCCCUCUACGAGACCCUCAAUGACGAGAUCAAGCAGGAAGGUCUUGGAGAUGGACAGGCCUAUGAGUGCAAAGACUGUGAGAGGAUGUUCCCCAAUAAAUACAGCCUGGAGCAGCACAUGGUGAUCCACACGGAGGAGAGGGAGUACAAGUGUGACCAGUGUCCCAAGGCUUUCAACUGGAAAUCCAACCUGAUUCGUCACCAAAUGUCUCAUGACAGUGGGAAACGGUUUGAAUGUGAAAACUGUGUAAAGGUGUUUACGGACCCCAGCAACCUCCAGCGGCACAUCCGCUCCCAGCACGUGGGGGCUCGAGCCCACGCCUGCCCCGACUGCGGCAAGACCUUCGCCACCUCCUCGGGCCUCAAGCAGCACAAGCACAUCCACAGCACUGUCAAACCUUUCAUAUGUGAGGUCUGUCACAAAUCCUACACGCAGUUCUCCAACCUGUGCCGCCACAAGCGGAUGCACGCGGACUGCCGCACGCAGAUCAAGUGCAAGGACUGCGGGCAGAUGUUCAGCACUACCUCCUCCCUCAACAAGCACCGCCGCUUCUGCGAGGGCAAGAACCAUUACAGCCCCGGGGGCAUCUUCGCCCCCGGCCUGCCCCUGACGCCCACCUCCAUGAUGGACAAGUCCAAACCCUCUCCCAACCUCAACCACGCCAGCCUGGGGUUUAACGAUUAUUUCCCGUCCCGCCCGCACCCCGGGGGCCUCCCGUUCUCACCUGCCCCCCCGGCCUUUCCCGCCCUCACCCCGGGGUUCCCGGGCAUUUUCCCACCCUCUCUAUACCCCAGGCCCCCCUUGUUACCGCCCACACAACUGCUCAAAAGUCCCCUCAACCACACUCCGGACGCGAAGCUCCCCAGCCCCCUCGGGAACCCGGCGCUGCCGCUGAUCUCCGCGGUGAGCAACAGCAACCAGGCCCCUUCCGGGGAGGAGAAAUGUGAAAGCAGCCUGGAAAACUCCUACCUGGAGAAGCUAAAAGCCAGGAACAGUGACAUGUCCGAUGGCAGUGACUUUGAGGAUGUCAAUACAACCACGGGCACGGACCUGGACACCACUACUGGCACGGGAUCUGACCUGGACAGUGACGCAGAGAGCGACAGGGACAAAGCGAAAGACAAGAGCAAACAGAUGGAGACCAAGCCAGAUUUCGUCAGCAGCUCCGUGUCUGCGAGUUCCACCAACACCGCCAGCGAGAUCCCUCUCUUCUAUUCUCAGCAUUCCUUCUUUCCUCCCCCCGAGGAGCACCUGCUGCCCACCACGGGAGCAGCCAAUGACUCCAUCAAAGCCAUCGCCUCCAUCGCAGAGAAGUAUUUUGGGCCUGGCUUUAUGGGGAUGCAGGAGAAAAAGAUGGGUUCGCUCCCGUAUCAUUCCAUGUUCCCUUUCCAGUUCCUCCCCAAUUUCCCCCAUUCCCUCUACCCUUUCACGGAGCGGACCCUCAAUCACAACUUGCUGGUCAAGGCAGAACCAAAGUCACCCAGGGACCUCCACAAAGUAGGCAGCACCAGCUCGGAGUCCCCCUUCGAUCUCACCACGAAGCCAAAAGAGAUUAAGCCAAUCCUGCCGCCCCCGAAGGUCCUGCCAGCCCCGUCCUCGGGGGAGGAACAGCCACUGGAUCUGAGCAUUGGCAACCGCAUCCGAGCCAGCCAGAACGGAGGAAGAGAGCCACGGAAAAACCACAUUUAUGGGGAGAGGAAGCUGAUGGCAAGUGAAGUCUUACCCAAGAUUUCCCAGUCUCAGCUGCCUCAGCAGCCGUCCCUGCACUACGCUAAGCCAUCGCCCUUUUUCAUGGACCCCAUCUACAGCAGGGUGGAGAAGCGGAAGGUGACAGACCCUGUGGGUGCCCUAAAGGAGAAGUACCUGCGACCCUCCCCGCUGCUUUUCCACCCCCAGAUGUCAGCCAUCGAAACCAUGACGGAGAAACUGGAGAGCUUUGCAGCCAUGAAGGCAGACACUGGCACGUCCCUGCAGCCCCUUCCCCACCACCCCUUCAACUUCCGAUCGCCGCCGCCCACCUUGUCCGACCCCAUCCUGCGCAAGGGCAAGGAACGCUACACCUGCAGGUACUGUGGUAAGAUCUUCCCCCGCUCAGCGAACCUGACGCGGCACCUGCGGACACACACGGGGGAACAGCCCUACAGGUGUAAAUACUGUGACAGGUCAUUCAGCAUUUCCUCCAACCUGCAGCGGCACGUCCGGAACAUCCACAACAAGGAGAAGCCAUUCAAGUGUCACCUGUGCAACAGGUGCUUCGGGCAGCAAACCAACCUGGACAGGCACCUGAAGAAACACGAGCACGAGAACGUGCCAGUGAGCCAGCACUCUGGAGUCAUCACCAACCACCUCGGGACCAGUGCCUCUUCCCCAAACUCGGAAUCAGACAACCAUGCACUUUUAGAUGAAAAAGAGGAUUCGUAUUUCUCUGAAAUCAGAAAUUUUAUUGCAAAUAGUGAGAUGAAUCAAGCGUCAACUUUAGCAGAUAAAAGGCCAGAAAUCCAGGAUAUUGAUGGCAAUUCCCAGUGUCAUGGAUUAACAAAUGAGAAAACAGAAGAUGUGGACGAUGAAGACGAAGAACUGGAAGAGGAGGACGACGACAGCCUGACAGGGAAGUCCCAGGACGAGCCGGUGUCGCCCACGGCGGAGCCCCGAGGGGCGUUUGAGGAUGAGGAGGAUGAGGAGCCCACGUCUCUCACCAUGAGCUUCGACCACACCCGGAGGUGUAUUGAGGAGGACGAAGCCGCCCUGUUAGAUUUGGAGCAGAUGCCGAAUUUUGGGAAGGGGCUGGAUCUUCGCAAAGCAGCCGAGGAAGCAUUUGAAGUUAAAGAUGUGUUUAAUUCCACCUUAGACUCUGAGACAAUAAAACAGACUCUGUACAGGCAGGCUAAAAACCAGGCUUAUGCAAUGAUGCUGUCCCUGUCUGAGAACGCUCCCCUCCACACGUCCUCCCAGAACUCUCUGGGUGCUUGGUUGGACAUGGCAGGAGCAGCUUCAGAGUCGGGGACCUUUAACCCCAUCAACCACCUCUGAGAGGUCCUCAAGGCACUGGCCAGAGUCCAAGCGAGGCGGCAGUGGUGCUGCAGUUAUCCUUGCAAAAUCCCAGCGAGCAGAAGAUGGAUGAGAGGGCCUCAGGGAGUCGUCUGAACUUUGGGCUGAGAAGGAAACCUGUUGCAUCCGACCUACACGUCCUGCAUUUUUACCUAUCCAGAGUUUUCCUUUCUAAUUUAUCAGAAUGAACCUCUCCCAAACUGGAUAACCCUGACGCAGCCCCAGGAUUUCACUGUCUGUAGGAACAGCAUGAGCAAGACAUGAAUUGCAACAGUGCAAUCAAAGAUUGGCCCCUCCAACCUCACAAACCGGUGUCACUGAGCCAGUCCAGCCUGAGCAGGAACGGCAGCUCGGAACCACACAGCAGCAUUUCCUUCCCGUCCAGCUGAGCAGGGAAGUACUGAGGGAAGAGAGCCAGGGCUGGCCUGUCCCUGGUGCAAUUCUGACACAGUCGCUGGAGUUAUACCAGGGAAGAGAAAUUCAUCCCAUUUCACUGACCCCCAAAAAGAUCUGUGCUCCCACAGAAAUACCAGCCUGUCCUUUGUUCCCAACAAAACACUGGCACAGCACAAAGCUCCUUGGAGGUGAGGCCUGGAGUCAUCCUACGCUCCGUGCAGGUCCCAGCUGGGACAUCUCCAGCCUGGAACGUUGCUGGGGUCGGCGUGUGGAUGUGUCACACCAACGUGGGUCAUUGGCUGAGAGGGCAGAGGGCUCCCCACCCCUGCCAGUGCUGCGAGCCCGAGCUGCUGCCUGGGCUGGGAACAUCACAGUGUCUGGGACAGAGCUGUGCCCAGCCAGGGCGGUGGCACUGGUGGCACUCGGGAGUGAUGGAGCUCCUGGUAGUGCCUGGAAUUCCCCAAGCAGAAAGAUCCCAAGGUGAGCCCUUCCCUGGCUGUGCACAAGGAAGCGUGUGCUGGGUGAGUCUCACCCCACCGAGGGCAACUGAGGCAGAUCUUCUCCUGUGUCAUCUCCCGGGGGUUUUGGGUGACAUCAUUCCGUGCUGAUGGUAUCUGGGGCUGUGGCAGAGAUCGCUGAUUCACACCGUUGUUCUGGCCUGUUGGAUGGUGCCUCUGCACCACCUGCUGCUGCUUGGCCUGUAAUUUCAGUAGAAAGAUUAACAUUUCCAUGCUCCAGCAGCCUGAGGGUGCAGAGCUCUGCUCGGGCACGGAGAUAAGAAUCGAGUUGUCUCUCCAACCCUAAAGUUGCUCACAGAUAUUUUAUGAGUGAUUUUAAAACACUUCAAAACCUCAUCUCCUUUGCUGAUACACAACAGCCUCCAGAAAUCCUCUGGGCUUUCUGCUGUUCUCCGUUGCAGUUGCAGUCUGCUGUUGGAGCAGGGAAUUUGGAGAUAACAUUGAUUUACGGAACGAUUAUGGAAGCCACGUGCAGCCUCUCUGCCUGCUCAGUAUGGAAAAGGGCAGAGGGAGGUUUCUGAGCCAGUCCAGAGUGGGAAGCCUCAUUCCAUCAUGCCAAAACAACGGAACCACCUCCCUGAGUAAAGCAGAGGUGGUGGGGGGAGUGAUCUCUUUGCAAAGUCAGCUUUGCUCCCAAGAGCACACCUGAGGCUGUUUUCAGGGAGCCGGGAGCCUCAAACUGUUCACGAAGGAAAACAUCAAAGGUGGCUUUGGUACAGAAGGAACAAAAGGUAAAUUAGCAGCAUCAGCGUAUUUCCCAAGAAAAUUUAUCCUCCUUUUUUUGGUUUUCCACAACAUCCUGUGAAAGUGCCCAAGGCCCUGAGAACACCAGUCAGUGUAACCGAACUGCUUCAUGUAUUUGCACAAAGCUCUUGGGCAGGGGAAGCCUGAGAGCCAACACUGUCAGAGGAACCCUGGCUCUGCAGAGGGGAGGGACAGCCCUGUCCCAUCCCAUCCCAUCCCACC